AUGCGGGUUGUGAAGAUCUUUGCGGCCUUCUGUGCCUGUUCGAAAUACACGGCGCAUGCUUUGCUCGAGGAGAAGUUCGUGGGCUUCGAGCCUGGAGAUCAAGCCUUGGAUGUUGCUGGCGCUACCGUCAUAGCUGACGCAGAUGAUUUCGUGGGUAUUCACAUUGCGCUAAAUAGCCUGGUGAACGACUUCGAGCAGAUCGCUGGAACCCGACCCGCGCUCAAGAACGCCACUACUAACUCUACGUUUUCGACUUCAUCAACGGGCAUCAUCGUCGGCUCGGUGGGUUCGAGACUCAUCCGUCAUCUGUCCUCCGAGAAAGGUCUUGACAUAUCAGAUCUUGAGGGGAAGUGGGAGGUAUUCAAAACGGCUGUGAUCGCUGAUCCAAUAGCCGGAGUGGAACGGGCGCUGGUCAUUGUGGGCAGCGAUAAGCGCGGUACUAUUUUUGGUGUUCACACGCUUGCCGAACAAAGUGGGCAGUCUCCAUACCAUUGGUGGGCGGAUGUCCCGACGAAGAAACACGCCGCUAUCUUCGCACUACCAAAGGUCACUGUUCAUGGCCCGCCAUCAGUCAAAUAUAGGGGGCUCUUCAUCAACGACGAAGCACCAGCAUUAGUAACAUGGUGGGCUGCACGACACAACUCCUCCCACUAUCCUCUCGACACCGAGUUCUACGCCCACGUGUUCGAUUUACUACUCCGGUUGAAAGCCAACUACCUGUGGCCUGCCAUGUGGGGAUCGACAACACCAGCACCAGGUCAUAUUUUCUUUACAGAUGAUCCAGGAAAUCAGCAGCUCGCAAACGACUACGGUAUCGUAAUCUCUACCAGCCAUCACGAGCCGAUGCAAAGAGCCACCAAUGAGUGGAACGCAACUGAGACCGGGCCCUGGGAUUGGAGGUUGAACAAGGACAACGUCACGCGCUUUAUGGAAGAGGGCAUUCGCAGAAUGGGAAACAACGAAAGUUAUGUGACGCUGGGUAUGCGUGGCCCAAGUGAUAGCGCGAUAGUCGGUGACGAUGCCUUGGAGAUACUUCGAGAAGUGUUUGAAGUCGAGCGUCAGAUCUUCAAAGAAGUUCUAGGUGAUCAGAAAGUGAACCAAGCAUGGACGAUAUAUAAGGAAGUGGCGACCUAUUACGCAGCCGGACUUAACCCUCCCGAUGAUGUCACUAUCAUCAUGCCCGAUGACAACCAUGGCCAGAUUUUGCGCUUACCCACUGGUAACGAGACUGCCAGGGAAGGCGGCGCUGGCGUUUACUUCCACUUUGAGUAUUUUGGUAGACCGCGAUCGUACAAGUGGUCAAAUACCAACAGCCUGGUCAAGCUUUUGCAAGCUUACUGGCGCGAUGCGAACCAGGUUUGGGUCAUCAAUGUUGGUGAUGUCAAGCCUUUGGAGUUACCUUUUGGAUUCGCUAUGGACUUGGCUUGGGACAUCUCGAAGUUCGACUUCGACAUGAUACCGGAGUAUCUGCGCCUCUACGCCGAGAGGGAGUUCGGCAUGGAACGUGCAGACGAUAUUGCGGCUCUACUGAUGGAGUUCAACUAUCUCAUUGGAAUGCGCCGCUUUGAGAUGGUUCAACCAGACACGUAUUCAGUAUUAAACUAUCAUGAAGCGGAAACGGUCCUGACAAGAUGGAACACGCUUGCGCGCGGAACGAAAACACUAUACGACCAGAUGCCGGACGAUCACAAAGCCGCAUUCUACGAGCUACUGUUCUAUCCCCUAGUAUCGGGCGCCACAUACUACGCAGUAAACGUUCGCACUGGAAUGAACUACCGACAUGCUAUGGAGCGAAGGAACUCGGCAAACGCCCUCGCUCAUCAGAUUUUGGCCGACUUCGAAUAUGACUACGAUCUAGUUGAAGGUUUCGACGCUGUCCUGAAUGGGAAAUGGCUGAACAUCAUGUCUCAGGCCAAACUCGAAACAUUCGACACCACAAAGCCCAAGAACUGGAUGAAUCCAUCCCGAGAUAUAGUCUCGAAUCUUUCUUUCGUUCAGCUGCGUCAAAACAUGCAGUUCUCCGUCGGUAAUCUUGGUAUCUAUGCGGAGGGCUCCAAUAGUCCUCUCGACCAGGGCCGAUGGGCUGAGUCAAUCGAUCCAUCGAUGCCUUUCACCAAGUCUCCAGCCAAGGUACCGGAGAUGAGUCCCUAUGGUCCUCGUCAGCGGACUAUUGAUCUCUUCAUGCGAGGUGACUACCGCGUUCCGCUCGACUGGCAGCUCGGUGAUAUCCCGGUGGAUUGGCUAUCGAUAACACCAAGCUCUGGUGAACUCAACCAGACCGUCGACGAGCAACGCCUCAACAUCACCAUCGACUGGACGCGGGUGCCAGAAGGAUACAACGACACUGUAGAGGUUGGUGUAACAUCAACGCCAUCAUUUUACCCAUACUACGACAUCAUACAUGUUCCAGUGAACAAUUUCAAAGUACCCGGCGAUUUCCUAGGCUUCCCAGAAACUGCCGGUUACAUUUCCAUUGAGAGCCCGCACUACCAGCGCUCGUCGCUCCAUAACGGCACUGCAAACAACACGGUAUCAUUUACUCAUACUCCCUACCUGGGUUCGCGCACCGAAUCUGGCUCGAUCGCAAUACGGCCGUUCCAUGCUGCUCGGGCUUCUCUUGAAGACGCUACCAAGGCAUUUGUCGAAUAUGAUAUUUAUCUCUUCAACCAUACCACUGCCCUAAACGCCACGAUAUACAUUACUGCCUGCCUAGAUACCGAUCCUAAUCUUCUCAUGGAAUUUUCGCUUUCCCUUGAUGACACCCCUCAAAACUUCACGCGUGUGUUGGGUGACCCGGAGGACGCGGGCGAUGUGCCACCGGAGUGGACCAGUGAAGUGAUGAAUCAGGUUUGGACGAGGAAGGUCAGUCUUGGUGAAGUAGCGGAAGGAAAACACACGCUUCGAUGGAGUGUCAAUAGUCCGGAGGUUUACUUGGAGAAGCUUGUUCUAGAUACUAGGGGCGGGGUCAAAGACAGCUACCUAGGGCCGCCAGAGACGAUGAUGGUGGGAUAUACAUGA